CACGAGGGGGGAAACAAAUCUAAACUGUCAAACUCCUCACAGCAAACGCUGCUAGUCAGGCAAAUAGGGAUUUAUUUCGGAAGAAUACACAAACAUCUAAAUUCACUGACCCUCUGAAGUAGUGUUCCAAAUUCGUGAAAAUAGUUUCUUCUCAAAAACCAAAAACAGAGUGCAGAAUUCCAGUUGACUUUAUUUUUUGAACUGCGAAUAUUUUAUUUUUUAAACACGCAAAAUUGAACAGCUUCCGAACGGUAUCCGUACAAUGUCGUGCUGGUGCAAGCCGCGCAAAUGUCCCGAAAUUCUUCGCCUCGUUCCGGCAUUCACGGUGCAGGCACGUCAGUGUUGUGUGGCCGUCUGGCCACCCUGUACCAUCCCGGUGUUCUGCAUCCGGCGGUCACGAAUUUCGCGCUUCCGUCGAUAUUUCCUGCGCGGCGAUAUACCGAUCACGCGCGAGUACGGUACACGGUGCGGGAAGCACUUCAUCAAGUGGCUGACACCGCCCGAACAGCUUAACUAUCAGCGCUAUUUGCCACUGUUCUUCGAUGGGUUGUGCGAGUCCACAUUUCCGUAUCGAGAAUUUGCGCGCCACGGUGUGAGCGAUCUGCUGGAGGUUGGCACUGAACGCCAGAUAUUCCAAACCAUCCCGAUGCUGAUACUGCCGAUGCGCGAGGCGUUGAAUACGAGAAAUCCGGACAUUAUAAUUGCAACAUUAAGAGCGUUACAACAGCUGCUACGAGUCGGUCCUUCAAUCGGCAUUGCCCUGGUCCCAUACUAUAGACAGCUGCUUCCAACGUUGAAUCUGUAUAAACAGCGACGUGUUAACAUAGGCGAUCGUAUUGACUUUCGUGGCGGUCGACGGAUUGGUGAUGUGGUUAACGCUACACUCGAGCUGUUGGAACAAUGCGGAGGACCCGAUGCAUAUCUAAACAUUAAGUACAUGGUACCAACGUACGAAAGCUAUGUCUAUAAUCGAUGAAGGGUAGAAAACUAUUCCAAAUCGGUAAAGUGAACAAUAUAUCGAGCAAAGUACGAGUAAA